UCUGUGUGUGCUAACGAUACAAAUAUUGAAUUUUAAUCAAUAAAAAAUCGAAACUAUAAGAAGACACGAAGCCUUUUCCAAUGCAAACAUUUCAACUGGGCAGGUGAAAGAGCUCAGUUGUGUAAAAAGAAAAGAGUUGUAAAAAAAAUUGAAAAUAAAAAAUAUUUUCAAAAAGUGUAGUAAUAUAUAAUGAAAUUCUUGGUAGUUUGCACCCUACUUUGGGUAUCCGCCCAAGGACAAUAUGUCUAUGAGCCACCUCAAGCUCAAACGGCCCAAGUGCAACGUUAUGAUGAAACCGCGGCAGAGAGUUUUGAUCAAGUUUUGGGUGCCUUUGAUGUUGAUAUUGGCGAGAGCGGUUUCGGCAAGGCUAAGCCUCAACGCAACAACUGCAAAAGCAAAUGCUUCUGUGGUGCACCAAAUGGCAAUCGCAUUGUUGGUGGCACACAGGUGCGCCAAAACAAAUAUCCCUGGACAGCCCAACUGUUAAAAGGUCGCCAUUAUUUGCGUCUCUUCUGUGGUGGCUCUUUGAUUAAUGAUCGCUAUGUGCUGACUGCUGCCCAUUGUGUCCACGGUAAUCGUGAUCAGAUAACAAUCCGCUUAUUGCAGUUGGACAGAUCAUCUCGGGAUCCUGGCAUUACCAGAAAGGUUGCCCGCACCAUUGUCCAUCCACAAUACAAUCCCAACACAAUUGCCAAUGAUGUUGCCCUGUUGAAAUUGGAAUCCCCUGUACCAUUUAAUGACAAAAUUCGUCCCGUAUGUUUGCCAGAUGCUAACCAAAACUUUGAUGGCAAGAAUGCCGUUGUUGCCGGUUGGGGUCUAUUGAAGGAGGGUGGUCAAACAUCCAACUAUUUGCAAGAAGCUACCGUUCCAAUUAUUUCCAAUCAGGAAUGUCGUCGCACCAGAUAUAAGAACAAAAUUCAAGAUGUUAUGCUAUGCGCUGGUUUGGUGAAAUCGGGCGGCAAGGAUGCCUGCCAAGGUGACAGUGGCGGUCCAUUGAUUGUUAACGAGGGUCGUUUCAAAUUGGCUGGUGUUGUUUCCUUUGGCUAUGGCUGCGCCCAGGUUAAUGCUCCUGGUGUUUAUGCCCGUGUUACAAAAUUCUUGAGCUGGAUUGAAUCGAAUACCAAGGAUGGUUGCUACUGCAGUGCUUAAUUCCCAUAUAGAGACAUCGAAAUUGAAUCAUUGCCAAAAUUUAUAAUUUCAUCGAAAUUUUCCAUUUUCAUGCUUUUAAUUUAUUGCAAAUA